AUGCAAAAAGAUACAGCAUCUGAGUUUAUAACAAGAUUAUUUUCUGAACCACGUUUUUGUCAGAUCAAAAUAACUUAUUUGACAUGGUUAAGAACAUUUGAUUUUUUUAAUUCAGUAUCAUUCAAAAUUAAUCGUCAUAUAAUCGCAAUAUUUUUUGGUAAUGCUUUACCAUCAUUUAUUGUUGUGUUAGCAAAUCUUUUAUCAAUAAAAGUUAUUUAUUUUUCCAAAAGUUUAAAAUAUUUAAAACAAACAACAAGAAAAAGUCGUCGUAAACGUCGUUUACAAAAUGAUUUACGUGCAUUUCUUGUUAUAUUAAUUGAAAGUUUCUUAAAUAUUAUGAUAUCAUGGGGUGUACCAAUACUUUUAACAAUGUAUCACUGUCGAGUAUUAUAUGUUCAUAGUGUGGAAAAUUGUUCAAAAAUUAAAGAUUAUUUAUUAUUAUUUCUAUUAGUCGAUUUAUUGAAAUCAGCAACAAAUUGUUUGUUAUAUUCCUUAUCAGGAAAAUUAUAUCGACGAAGACUUAUUCGUAUUCUUAAAAUGAUAUUUAAAGGUGGACAUGGAACACUAUGGAAUGUAAAACAAAGUUCAUCACCUUUAUCACAUCAACCACUUGACCGACAAUUAUCAAAUAAUCCAUCAACAGUUACAAACAAUAAUAAUAAUAAUACUUUUGGUAUACAAUCAUCAAGACCAGGAAGUUGUCGUCGUGCAGAACGUUUAUCUUCACCUUUGAUUACUUAUCAAAACAAAAAAAUGAAUAAUUCAAUAGAAACAGCAACAAUAAACCCAUAUAUUCGUAUGAAUGGACAAAAUCAUAGUACGUCUGCUGAUGAUUUCUAUAGUGUAUGUAGAGCAAGUGAGGAUUUUCAAGGUGGUGAUAAUUCCCUCAGUGGAACUGAUUCAGAUUCAAUAAAGAAGGCAAAUAAAAUCGAACCAAGAAAAAGUUCACAAUCCAUAGGAUCAUUUUUACUUGAUAAAGUACGAUCAUUAAGUUCAGCAAAUUCUUCAAAUGGUAGAACUAUCUCAUUUAAUCGUACAGCAUCAUCAAGAUUUACAUUAGAAAAACGUAAAAUAAAAUCGAAAAAAAAAUUUUUUAAUUCAUUAAUUUCUAAACGAACACAAGCAACUGAUGUAUCAUUUUCAUCAUCAUCAGUUACUGGAAGUAUUGGUCUUAAUCAACAACCGAAACAUUCAGCGAAUAAUUGUUAUUCAUCACCAAAAGUAUUACCAACAAAUAUAAUAGAUAAUCCAUCAAUAAUCAAAGAAAACAUUUAUGAAAGUUUGACAAGUUUGUGA